CUUAUGGGUAAAUGAAUGAAACUCAUCCUCUGAAGCACAAGUAAGCUCCACGCAUGCGCCUUGUCAAUUCUUUCCUUGUGGUUAUCUUUGAAGUCGCUCUCACAAGUCACAACACUGAACGCCUCUGCACCAUUGAAUGAUAAUCAACAUCAAGUCACAAACUUUGUCAUUUGUAUAUUUGCGGAUACUCCAUUUAGCAACAAUAUUGUUCGGGGAGGAAAGUGAAAGAGCAUUAAAAUUGAGGGGAAGAAGCGGAAUAAAUCUUGCCCCUGGCAAUCCUGACCGCUGGUUUAUCUGAUUCUCGAUUAUCUCUUCUUCCCAUUCAGAAAAUCUUAUCCUUUGCAGCUCUUCGGACACAAGUAGUUUUUUGUCCCCAUUCCACUCUCUUCUUCUGCAGAUAACUUCCGCCAUUCCAUUAGUAUUAUAUUCUGCAAAUUCCCCUUUUGAUCUUUAUCCAUUCCACCGCAGUACAUAUUUAAUUUUUUCCGGGCUGAUUCUAUCUUCUUGUUAGUUUACUGUAAAUCUCUUAUCUCUUUCUUCUUUCUAUUUUUGAACCCUUAUAGAGUUAUUAUAGUCAUCACCUCACUUAAAGAUUCUAUCUUUAUCCGUUGGAUUAGAUAGCCGGGUGUGGGUAUUAAUUUAUUGGUUUCAAUUUCUUGUCUGGGGUUAAUGGCUUUAGUAUCGGCGUUGGUUGAAAUUUUCCAAAAGAAAUCGAUCGGGGAUGGUAUGCUUGAGCUGAUGAUGUGGACGACGCCUAUCUGGGUUGCUGUGGUUGUUGGAGUUCUUGUAGGUUGGGCCUGGAGGCCCAGAUGGGCUGAUCUUUGUUCCAGUAGAGAUUCCUUUGUCUCCAUGGUGUCCUCUUCUUCUUGCCUGCAGCAGCUCUUCACUGGUUUUAGCUCCAGAUUCAUAUCUGAGGAGAUCUCACAACUCACCCCUAACUCCAGUUCAUCUUUGCUUCGGGAAAGUGGAAAUUCUGAAGCUGUAGAUGAGAGUGACCUUCAUCACUUGUAUCAAUUAGUUGAAGAGAAAGAUGGUGGCCCUGCCUGGAUUCAGAUGAUGGACAGGACUGCGAAGAACAUGUGUUAUCAGGCAUGGCGAAGAGAUCCUGAGAAUGGACCCCCGCAAUAUCGAAGCAGAACUGUAUAUGAAGAUGCUAGCCCCGAAGUGGUGAGAGAUUUCUUUUGGGAUGAUGAGUUCCGAACGAAGUGGGAUGACAUGCUUUUACACGCUGAAACGCUGGAAGAUUAUCCCAACACUGGAACCAUGGUGGUCCACUGGGUACGCAAGUUUCCAUUCUUCUGCAGUGAUAGAGAAUACAUUAUUGGCCGUCGAAUAUGGAAAUCUGGAAAUACAUAUUACUGUGUUACUAAGGGUGUGAGGAAUUCAUCCGUUCCACGAAAAAACAAACCAAGGCGUGUUGAUUUGUAUUAUUCAAGCUGGUAUAUUCGACCAGCUGAAUCUACGAGAGAUGGUGAGAUGAGUGCAUGUGAGGUGAUACUCUUCCAUCAUGAGGACAUGGGUAUACCAUGGGAAAUUGCCAAACUUGGUGUUCGGCAGGGAAUGUGGGGAGCAGUCAAGAAGAUUGACUCUGGUUUACGUGCAUAUCUGAAGUAUAGAGCAUCAUCUGAGGAAGUCCCAUUGUCAAGAUGCGCUUUCAUGGCCCAACUUAACACCAAAGUGACUUCUGAUGAUUUGGAGUCACUGGGGAGAAGGCAGAGUGUUAGUGACAUAGAAGCUUGUGGCGAUUCUUCAGAGGAUAAUAAACCAACUCCGGGAAGGAAUGUGCCUAAGCUUGUCAUUGUUGGUGGAGCGCUGGCCCUUGCCUGCAGCAUCGACCGUGGACUCCUCACCAAAGCUCUUAUAUUUGGAGUUGCUCGAAAACUUGCAGGGAUUGGGAAAAGGUUGUAAGCUGGGGGUGGGGUGGGGGUAUAUUGGGAAUUUAGGUGGUCGCGGGUGUAAUUGUGAGUUGUUCUUUCUCUCUACAUCUUGCUGAGAGCAACUUCUCCAGGCUCCAGACAAGCUUUGAUCCCAUAAUUGCGAGUUAUUAUUCUCUUGUCUCCGGGUUACAAAGAAAGUAUAAUACUACAUACCAAAUAUAUCAAGGCAUUCAUUUGCCUUUGGAGUUUUACGUAAUGAACCUGUAAUAUUGGUGGGAUUUUCCAUAUACGGCCUAACACUUCCUCACCAAGACUGGAUGGCUAAGCAUCUCCAAUGGUAAAAUGUGCACGGUGCACACGUGGCAUGAGAAAUGACCAUAUAAAUAUUAGUAAAUGAAUUCUUUCUCUCCUUAUUUGAAUGACUUUAUACAGUUUUGGUAAGUUUUUCUCCACAAUGUCAAGGAGACCGUCUAGAUGUUGACAUUGUUGUUGACAUUGCAGGGAAAAACUUACCAAAAUUGUAUAAAAUCAUUCAAAUAAGGAGAGAGAUAAUUUAUAUGCUAAUAUUUAUGUGGCUAUCACUCAUGCCACAUGUGCACCGUGCACAUUAUAGCAUUGGAGAUGCUCUAAUACUCCGUUAAUAGAGUCAGAGGACAUUAAUAGACUUGCUCAUUUCUUUCAUUUCAAUCAUUUUUAAUUUUUAAAUUACUUUAUGUGUCUUCUGCAAAGGCAA